AUGCAGGCUGUUCGUUGUUCAGUGUGUGCAGGCCGCAUCACAGGGGCUCUGACCAGCAAGAGAUUUACAAGUUCUGACAGUGGCAUACUGAGCAGACUGAAUCCUACCUCCCAGAAACUGCAAGAUACACCAAAAAACUCACACAUGAGCAAAGCCUCUCUCAGCGUCGGUCUUGGACUCUAUGCUGUUCCUUUCUCGCAGCAAGUUGAGAACCUCUCCUACGACUCUCUGAUCAGAAGAGCCGCCUCAGUGGUCACCGACAGCUCCAGCACCUUCCUCUCCCAGACCACACUUGCCCUCAUCGACUCUAUCACAGACUAUGCAAAGGCUGUCCAUACUCGUGUCGCUCUCCAAAGACAGUAUUUAGCCACUUUGGGAAAGCUGAGCCCGUCUGAAGAUGAUUCUCUUUGGCAGCUGAUCAACAACCAACGUGCAGAGGCUGCUGAUAGACUGAGCCAAUGCAAACACUACGAGUCAACUUGGAUAAACGCCAUGACUAUGUCCAAACUGGCAGCAGAGGCAGCUUAUGUCUCAGGAGCGGACCAAGCAUCUAUCACAAUAAGGACCAACAUCCAGCUGGCCCAGUCCCAGAUCGAUGAAGCAAAGAAAGUGUCGGCAGAAGCAGACAAAAACCUGGCUGAAACCAAAGCGGACGAAAUCCAGCGAAUGGCCGAGUAUCAUGCUUUUCUCCAGAACAGUGAACACGAGGUGCACGAGGCCUAUCUACGAGAAGACUAA